AUGGGCAAAGGAAAGAAGCACUUCGUCGAGGAGUACGAACCACAAACCACCGAAUUCAACUACUACUUUAAUUUGCAACGGACUACGUUCGCUCCACACGACGCUGUAGAUGCGCUUUAUUUUUCUACAGUAUUCGCGAAUAUUGGCGUGCACUGCUACGAGCUUCAUCGGUUAUGGACGAGUCCGUAUAAGGAGGAUAACCGGGCGAAAUUUAUUAUAUCCUACAUGCACGUUACGACGAUAUUACUUUGUCUUACGGUAUUUUUGACGUUCGAGCGCACCCACACGCCAUAUGAUAUUGAAGUCGGCUACGUAUCGGCCUGGUUAUGGGGUGGAUUAAUCUUGCAAACGACCAGCCCUUGCUAUAUCGUCGGCUAUUUCUUGAAUUGCUUCGUUUUUGAUAGCCAUAUGCUGAUGGUGGUCUUUAUAAACUUAAUGUCGCUUUUUGCAAAGGCAAAGAAGGCUGGAGAAUAUAAUACAGGAAACUACGAAAAGCUGUGCACGCUAAUACCAAUCUACUCCAAUUUGGUUUUAUUCUCUGUAAAUCGAUUCGGAGAUGAGGAAACGGAA